CCUUCUUAAUAAAGCUUUGGUGGAGUUCAUUCAUCUCUUCAACACAACCCGGUCAGAUGACUACCUCUGCCAGCUGCAAAAUGUUGCUACACUUGUUGGUGCACCCAUCACUGAAACGUCCGACAGCAAACGUACGGAACCCGCGAUCUCGCAACCGCCAGCAGAUGAGUCCGGGGCUUCUCUGCAGCCUGCAAACCCUUCUGUUUCUCCGGUCGCAAUGAUCUCACACUACAACUAUUCCCUCGUUCUCUUCUACCAACGUCAGUAUUCCCAAUCUGAGCGCCUACUUGCGGGUCUUCUCGGACUAGAGGCUUUCUCCAAACCAACUGCGAACACUCUGACAACGAAGCUUAUCUCCUCUAUCCAGUUCCCUACAUCUGCUGGUUCUCUGCUAUGCCAACGAAUAAUCCUCUUAUGGCUCGAAGUUUCGCUGUACUUGCAGCGGGCUCAGCGCGUUUUUGAAGUUACAAGUGUCUUCUUACAGGUAAUAAGUACAGAGGAUACCUCAACCCCUAUAAAAUCUCCCGUGGAUACCGCUACCGGAACUGUAUCCCAGACUUCACCAGCAUUCUCGCCUCAGGUCACUGAGAUAUUAAGAGGCAUUGGCAGCCCUCUUCGUCUUUUCCAUCUUCGGUCAUGCUUACUUACGGGCCGUCUCGAAGAGGCUGCUAAAGCCGCUCCUACUACCUUGAAGUCACCGUGGGAGAGCACUUACGGUUCCAGGAUAGGCGGCAAGGAUACUACCAUGGCAGAAGCGUCGCCGCUACCGACUCCUACAAAAAAUGCUGACGCAUCUGCCCAUCCUUCUACUGACUCAGAUGAGCAAAAGGUGUGGGACGUCUCGCAGUGUUCUGCUUUUGUCGGGGCCCAGCUGUCAUACUUACAGGGAGCGCAAGCAGAGACGAUGAAGCGUUUGAACGUCCUCUGCUCCUCACUACCUUUUACUGACUCCGGCCAGUGGGAAUCCGUCCUAGUGUGGAACAACCUUUCUCUGGCUCACUUUUCCUCCGGCCAGUUCGCUCUCAGCAGCCUGAAAUUGAGACGAGCUCUGCGGGAGACUGAUAAACUCGCUGCAGAGGUGCUCCUGGCGUUGCCCAGCUCU